AUGGGCCCCUAUAUACCGCCUCCUCAUGCUGCUGCCAGGCCCCUAAUCUGCCAUGGGCCCCUAUACCGCCUCCUCAUGCUGCUGCCAGGCCCGUAAUCUGCCAUGGGCCCCCGUACCAACUCCUCAUGCUGCUGCCAGGCCCGUAAUCUGUCAUGGGCCCCUGUACUGCCUCCUCAUGCUGCUGCCAGGUCCAGAGUGUGUCAUGGGUCCCUGUACGGCCUCCCAUUGCUGCUGUCUCUAUCGCCACACUCUGCCAUGUGCCACUUUCAGGUCUCCUCACACUGCUGGUGGUUUCCAUUUUUGUCAUAGGGUGCUGUAUGGCCUCCCAUUGCUGCUGCCUCCACCGCCACACUGUGGCUCCACACUCUGGUUUUGGCCCCGUGACUGCCCAAAUGAGUGAAGUGUGCGGUGAUUCUAAGAUCGACGGCACUCAUCUGCAUGUCAUACUGACUGACAGUAUUAUUUCUCUUCCCAGCAGACUCCAAGGGCAUUUAAAUUAAAGGUACAGUGUUCUGCACUAAUAUUA